GCUGAACACAGUUGCAGUAAAGCUCCUAGCAGGAGCAUCCCUGAAGAGAAACGUUCAUCACAGCUUCCUGUGACCACACUCACCGAUAAGGAUUUCCUGACUGUCACACCAUGGAUAAUCUUUUCACCUCUUCCUUCCCUGUUAAAUGCCAGAACUCAAGAGACUGUAAUCUCACAACUGUCUGUCCUGACAACCAAACUGUAAACUCCACAUCUCCAGCUCUGGUUAACCCUCCAGCAUUUGGGAUGUCCUACUUCACCAUGACCCUUGGCGCCCUCUCUAAUCUAACCGCACUAGCAAUCCUAGCCCAUUCCUACGCCCGCUUCCGCCGACGAGCCAAAGCUCCUUUUUUACUGCUGGCUUCAGCCCUGCUUCUAAGUGACCUGGCCGGUCAUGUGAUCACUGGGGCUUUGGCACUUCACCUCCAUCUUGGGAGGGUGAAGUAUUAUGGGGCGGCAGUAAUAAUGGAGCCUCCACAGGUUUACUGCAAAUUAUUUGGCAGUUGCAUGGUGUUUUUCGGGCUUUGCCCUCUGCUGCUAGGCAGUGCGAUGGCAGUGGAGCGCUGCAUAGGCAUAACCUGGCCUCUCCUGCACCCGGCGGUCGUCACCAUGACACGCAUCCGCCUCACCGUGCUGCUGAUCACCUUCACGGCUCUGAUUUUGGCAGGACUCCCUCUGCUAAACGUGGGCAAUUACAAACCACAGUUCCCUGGCACCUGGUGUUUCUUACCUGUUAACAGUCUGAUCUCCAUCACUGAUGCCAGCCUCUCUCUGGCUUUUUCCACACUGGGGCUUGUAACAUUGACCGUCUCAGUUGUGUCUAAUACUGUAAGUGGGUUGAAGUUGCUCCAGGCAAGGUUUAAGGACCGAUGUGUUAAGUCAAGCGCUGCUCGGAGACAUGGAUCCUUCUCAUCUUCGUCUCUGCACUCCCUGGAUGUGGAGAUGAUGACGCAGCUGGCUGCCAUAACAGUGGUCUCCUGUGUCUGUUGGAGUCCUUUUCUUAUUUACAUCCUCAUGUCCGUUAGCAGGUUUUAUGAAGGAAUCAGAGGGCCGAGGCGCCAGUGUGAGAAGCUGCUUCUCUUGGCUCUGCGUUUGGCUAGCUGGAACCAGAUUCUGGACCCGUGGGUUUACAUCCUCCUGCGGCGAGCGGUUCUGCGCAGACUGCUUCAGCUGCUGCAGCCGGACAGAGUCCUGUUCACACAGAGCAGCUCCUACAGAGACUCGCACAGAAAGCAGAUUAAUUUACACUGAUUACAGACCUGUUCACGUGUGAUCACCCAUCAGAAAUACUGUGUGAAAAUUAUUAUUUUUCCUUGUAAAGGAAGAGAUGAAAUCUUAAAAGUAUAUCUUAGAAAAUGAAAUAAAAUGAAAGACAAGGUCACUUAAGUGUACUUUGAGAGAGAACACUUUCAUCAUGACUAUGUUUAAGUACACCUUGUGCAAUGUGUAAUAAUGCAAAAUUUAAACGUUUUACUUUAAAGUACAUUUUACAUCAGUUUUAUGUUUUAUUAAUAAAAACUUGUUUUUCUGAUGUGUUGAGCUAAAGUUCAGCUGACUGCAUUUUACAUACAUUAACAAUUCAUUUAGCAUGCAAAUAAACGUCUGAAAACAUUUAGUAUCAUUGCACCUUUAUUCUUUUAUAGUAGCUAGCCUAUAUUAUUUAUUAUUUCCGUAAAAAUAUACUUAUUUCUGUAAGAAAUAUGCUAAAGAGUACUUUUUUCAAAAGGCCUGCACUUACAGUUUGCAAAAAAAUAAAUAAAUAAAUAAAAUAAUUAAAUAAAAAAAAUACAAAUACUAAAGUAGCCAUCAAAAUACUAAUAAUUAAAAAAUAACUGAAGUAUGAAGUAUGAUGUGGAUGCUACAAUCUUGGCUUCAUUAACAUCUGCAAUUUUGCUAAUCACUCAUCAAAGGUUGA